UGGAAAUAACUAAUUUUUGCGCGAAUUCUUUUUAUGAGAAAAAUAACGAAUUUUUCAAGAAGAUUCAGGCAUACGAAGAAAAGUGGGAAACUAGUUUACCAAUAAGGUAAGUAGAAAAUCACGCCCACUAUUCCCAAUAUUUUCAGCGUAAGAUGGGAUUAUUGGGUGUAAAUUUCGUGUUUUAUGAGAAUUCUCUUUCAUGAGAAAAAAUAAUGAAUUUUUCGAAAAAGAUACAGACACACGAAGAAAAGUGGGAAACUAGUUUACCAAUAGGGUAAGUAGAAAAUCACGCCCACUAUUCCUAAUAUUUUCUGUCUAAGAUGGGCUUACAGGGUAUAAAUUUCGUGUUCUAACGCGUACAAGUGUUAGUUCUUGUACUUUCGAGUGAGCUGACUUAUUCUUUAAGUCACUUGUACGAGUUUGUUGAGUGUGUGCGAGAAAAAAUAGUUUGAGUGACCAAGUCGAAAAUGGAACCGCGCGCGAUAAUAGCGAGAUUUUUUAUAAUCGUAUGCAAUCAGAGCAAAAAUAUUAAAAAGCGCGAUUAUUUUAAGAAUUUGUCUCGCGACGAUGAAUUUAAUUAUUCAUUAUUCGAGCGUUUCGCGGAAAAGGAAUGUUCCAGCACGAUACUGUGCUUGUUGUGCAAAAUGGGAUAUUUCGAGGAAAACGUUCGGCUAAUAGACAUUAUAUCUCGUAUCGUCGAAGCGCGUUACGCGGAUGAACAAUAUUAUGAAAACGACGCGAGUGGGUGCAUCGCACAAUUCUUACGACGUCGAGACGGGGUGCCGGAAAAUGAGAAUAGAGGAGUGUCAGGUAAGAAAAAAUAUAAAAUAUCUAAUAAAGAAAAAGUUAGUAUUUUAUAUUUUAAUUACGAGUAUUUUUGUAGGUGAGAGACCGGUAGCACUAGUGAACCCUUUUCGUACGCAGUACGGUCGCCUAAGCUUAAGGCGGCGGCGCGAGGCGGAGGUGGCUGAGGAGGCUGUACCUGCACGGAGACGUCGAAUCAGAGAAGCUCCUGUUGCUAUUGUAGCACCAGCAGUAGCAGCAGUAGCACUACCACCACCACCUCCACCACCAUCACCACCACCACCUCGCGUCAUUCCCGUUGUGGAUUUAGUGUCUGAUGACGACACGCAGAACGGGUCCGAUGUUGUGCCGAGCUCGUUCGAUUCAGCGGCGUUAUUUACACCGGUACGCCAAGAAAAAAGAGAAAACGGUUGGAUGGAAGAGGAUACGAUAGAUAGAGUGUUAGCAGAGUGGGAGGAAGGGGAGAUAGAAAGAAAUUUUGAAGAAAGAGAAAACGGCUGGAUGGAAGAGGAUUCGAUGGAUAGAGCGUUGGCAGAGUGGGAGGAAGGGGUGCUGGAAAGAAAUUUUGAAGAGAGAGAUAAUGAACGGGAGAUGGAAGAAGAAGAAGAAGAAGAAAUGGAAGAUGAAGAAGAAGAAGAAGAAGAGGAUGAAGAGGAGGAGGAGGAGGAAAAUGAAGAGUCGGAGGAGGAACAGCAGGAGGAAGAGGAGGAAGAAGAUAACGAGGAUGAUGACGAGGAGUCGGAGGAAGAGGAGGAAGAGCAUGUAGAUGAGGAGUCAGAGGAGGAGGAGGAAAAUGAAGAGUCGGAGGAAGAAGAAAACGAAGAAGAGGAAGAGAGAGAAGAAGAGAGUAAUGCGGAAAGAAAUGAAGAGAUGGGGGAGGAGGAGAUAGUGUUACCAAGCACACUUGACUCGGAGGCGUUAUUUUCGCAGAGUAAGUAUUUAUAAUGAGAUUUUUCACAAUUCGUUACAUUUCAGGUAAA